AUGCCAGGCGCCAACCAAGCCCCCGAGCACAUUGCCGCUCAGGAGAACAAGAAGCCGCACGAGGACCCCAAUGCAGAGAAGACUGAUAGCGGUGACUUUGUCAUCCUGAGCGACAAGAAAGAAGGCUCGGCAGGUACCAAUCAGAAGUCUGGCGAGCAGAGUGCUAGUCACGCUGGAGAAGGCAAGCAAGCAGAACCAGCAGAGGAGAGUGGAGUGCCCUCACAAAAGUAA